AUCAUUAUCCGGUGACAGUUGACACACGGGAAAACAGAGAAUUUGAAAAGCUUGGUCCCGGCCCUUCGGUCCUUUGGGAGAACAGAGAAAGAUCUUUACGUAUAUCCAUCAGUAAAAUAUUGUUUUUCCAGAACCAGCAGUCUAGCUUUCGUUCUUCUUCCUUCUCUGCCAAUCAACAAACUUCUUCAAACGGCGGCAAAAAUGGUCUUUGAAUUUUCAGCGAACUGCAUACCAUCGUCUUCUUCAAUGACUCAGACUGUGUCGGUGGGAGGGGCUGAACAAAAGGAGGGCAGCAUAUCAUGCACCACUUUCAAUAUUCUGGCUCCCAUCUACAAGCGAGUUGAUCAACAGGAGCAGAAUCAAUGUCUGCGGGAAAGCGACUUCAGGGCGUUCUGGAUGGGCAGGAACAGGGCGAUUUUGGAUUGGUUGCUCUAUGAAUCGUCCUCCAAUAUUAUAUGUCUUCAGGAGUUCUGGGUUGGAAAUGAAGAAAUUGUGCGUAUGUACCAGGAGAGGCUCGGUGAUGCAGGCUAUGUUUCCUUCAAGCUUGCACGAACCAACAACCGUGGAGAUGGUUUGCUAACAGCCAUACAUAAGAACUACUUAAGUGUUCUUAAUUAUCGAGAGUUGCUUUUCAAUGACUUUGGAGACCGUGUUGCUCAGCUGUUCCAUGUUCAGUCAGUUAUCCCUUCUUUACAAAACCAAAAGGGUAACAUUCCACAAGAAAUCCUUAUUGUGAACACCCACUUGCUAUUUCCUCAUGAUUCAAGUCUCUCUCUAGUAAGAUUGCGUCAGGUUUACAGAAUACUGCAAUUUGUGGAAUCAUAUCAGAGAGAAAACAAGCUCAAAUCAGUUCCCAUCAUACUAUGUGGUGACUGGAAUGGAAGCAAGCGUGGGCAUGUUUACAAGUUCCUUAGGUCACAGGGAUACGCAUCAUCAUAUGAUACUGCCCAUAAUUAUACUGACAGUGAUGCAGAUGCUCACAAGUGGGUUAGCCAUCGCAAUCAUAGGGGGAACAUCUGUGGCGUUGAUUUCAUUUGGCUUUGUAAUCCUAACAAGUUUCUCAAACCAUUAAGAACGAGUUGGGCCGAAGCAGUUUUUGGCAUAAUAAAGUACCUGCUCCGGAAAACAUCAUUGGCUGAAGAUGAUGCAUUUGCCUUUCUCAAGGGUGAGAACCAUGGUGAUUUUAUUACAUAUUCUGCAUUCUGUGAAGCACUGCGCCAGGUGAAUUUAAUUGGUCUUCCCUUCGGGCUUAGUUUCCAAGAGACAAAGGAUCUGUGGGCCCAAGCAGACAGCAAUGGAGAUGGUAUUGUUGAUUAUGAAGAAUUCAAGAAUAUUUGGAAUCCGACAUGGUCAGAAGAACCAGAGGAGCAUCUUGAGACAAAUAUAAAAAACCCAAAACAGGGUACUGAUGAGAAAGCCUUCGGUUUCAAAGUGAAGAAUGCGGUUUUCUUCCCCCGAGAAGUGGAGCAAGGAAUGUGGCCUGAAAACUACUCUCUUUCUGAUCAUGCCUCACUCACUGUUGUCUUUUCACCUGCAUGUCUGCCUUGUUCCCGAGUCCAAUAAUCAUAAAUAGGCACACAUCUGUAGAGAGAAUACUAUCGAAACUAACAAUCAAAGAACAAUCAAAUCAUUGUAAAUAUUAUAUGUACAGCCCAUAGAAAUUCCUCUGUUGGCUGCUAACGUUCAAGACGAUGAAAUGCUUUGU